AUGAGUUCGAAUGGCUCUCAAGAUAUGUUGAAAAAGCAGCAGUUACCUGAUCUGGAUGUUGAUUGGCUGGUCGGAGCAAGAAAUUUGGAUCUCACCAAUGGAAAUAUCACCAAUGUACCAUCUAAUGCAACAGGAGGGAACGUGAGAUCCAGAUCAGGGUCUCUUGGAAGUGGCGAACGAUCAGGUGGCUUGAUGAGUCCACAACCCGUGGACCUAUCAAAGAGGUAUGCACGUAGGAACUCCGUGGCUUCACCGCCAAGCAACUCGGCUAGCAGUGAAAAGUCCAAUACGCAACACAGCAAGGAUAAAGAUUCCAAUCUUUCACUGAGAAGGACGAAAUCACUAUCUGCAGCAGCGGCAGAAGACAAGGCUCGCGAUGGCGAGUUCCACAGCCGCAGGAGGGGUGCAUCAAUAUCCAGAGCUUCUCUUUCUUCGUCGGGAUCUUCAUCAUCCUUAUCUCAUGGCGGUGAAAAGAAAAUGGGAUUUUUCAAGAGUUUGUUUGGUAGGAUGAAAUCAAAACCAGAAGUAUCAAGCGAUACACAGGUUCCACAAUCGAAUCAACGACCAAAAAGUAGAGCUUCCAGCAUAAGCACACCAGCACUGCCUGAUAAGAGAAGAUCUUCCUUAGUAAACGAAUCAGUAAGUCAUGAUAAAAAUCAAGAACAAGAAGAGGACAUUGGUAACGGCGUUCCUCUCACUAGGUCAAAGACGGAGUCUUUAAUUCAAGAUCAUAACCGACAUCAUCACGACAGCAACAAAAACAUCUUUAAUGAUGACAUGAAUCAGCAAAAUGAAAAGAGAAGCUCCGAUGGCGGUAAUGUUAGCAAUGAGCAAGAGGAUUGGGAUCCGCGUUUAAUGGAGUUUUUGCAAUACUAUAAAUCGAAAGGAUAUUCCGUUUCCGCAUUUCAGAAAAACUCGAAUCCUUCGACAAUCUCUUCGAAGAAAAUUUACCCAAGAAGGUCAGGACGGAGUACUUCAUUUUCACUUGAUGUGAACACUUCUGAUCUACGGAAACCGAACGCUCUGAAAGUAAAAUAUGAUGCUAGAGGACAACCAUUACCACCGCACCCAAGUAAAUCUAAGUUGUCUCCGGCUCUCAAAACUCAUUCUAACUGCAAAACAUAUUCCGGUGGCAGUUCAGAUUCAGAUUCAGAUUCAGAGUCUUCUUCGCCAAGCACAGCUACUCCGUCAUCUUCUCAUAAAUUUGGAGCCUUUUUGAGAAGGGUUACUUCUUAUGGGGCAUCCAACAGUAAUAAUAACGUAAAGGAUGAAGUAUCCUCAUUGCGUAGUACUCAGACCAGUAAGGACCCCUUUGAUCCUGGAAAGGCAGAUGUCGUCCCUGGACUAGAAGAUAUAAAGCCGUUGAAAUAUGUCUCAUUUGCAGUGAAUACCUAUUUCAAUGAUCCGCCACAACAAAUUUGCAGUAAGCAUCCUCGUCAAGGUGAAGUUGAAGUCAAACCCAACGGGUCAGUGGUAAUUCAUAGACUAACACCCGAAGAAAAAAGAAUCAUAUUAGAAUCAUCUAGUACAGGUGUUGUCGUAGGUGGGUCAGGCCAACUAAAGUUACUGAUAGAAACUGAUUCCCAUCAAGGUGAUGAUGUAAGGAAAAAGGAAGAAAUGGCACCAUCAGUACGGUCGGAGACAGACGACAAGGUCGUAAGUCCUUCAGGGGAAAUGAGAGAAGCCGAACAAAAGAGAAAUAUAGGAAGAGCAGCUGUGGAAACUGCAGAAACAGCAAGAGAGAGAGGACUAAAAGAUGAUUCUUCCUCCUCUAAGAACGAGGAAGAUGUUACAGUUAGUAACAUUGCAUCUAGAGUUACUAUUGACAAGCCAAUGAUUAGCAGACGUACAGGAGGUGAACAAUCACAAACUUCAUUGAGCUCAAUGAUAUCACAGGAAUCUGAAGAAGAGGUCUUCCCGCCUAAAAAAAUGAAAAUUCCUUAUGAUAUUGUAUACACCCGUUGUUGUCACUUGAGGGAAAUUCUACCGAUUCCGGCAACUAUGAAACAGUUGAAAAAGGGCUCCACGGAUCCAAUACCUUUAUUGCAGUUGAGAAAUCCAAGACCAUCGAUGAUUGAAAUAUGGUCCUUCAGUGAUUUUUUAAGCAUUGCCCCAGUUUUGUGUUUGUCUUUGGAUGGCGUCAGUUUAAGUGUUGACAUGUUGAGAACAAUCUUGAGUGCUUUGACGUUUAAGAAAAACUUUGAAAAGUUGUCACUAAGAAACACCCCCCUAGACCACGAGGGCUGGAAAAUAUUGUGUUAUUUUGUAUCAAAAUCUAAAUCACUAGUUGCAUUGGAUCUUACUAUGGUUCCCUCUAUCAAAACAAAUGUCCAAAAGCCUUCUAAAUCAUCUUUGAAAAAUAAUAUGCCUAGAAUGGAAUGUGACACGAAGAGCCGUAGAGAUAUGAAUUGGAAUCUUUUGGCCGCAUCUGUUGCUACAAAAGGAGGUCUCGAAGAAGUUAUCAUAUCAGGUGCUCAAAUGCCAUCCGAUCAAUUUAGCAAUUUUAUCGAAGUUGCCUGCAUCGCUACUACAAGAUUAGGUCUCGCAUACAAUCGCCUCACAAAGGCCCAAUGUGACAAGUUAGCAAAUUGGAUAGUACAAUCGAAGGUUACCGGAUUGGAUAUCGGCUUUAACGAUUUGAAUGGUAAAUUGUCGGGAUUUAUUGAUGCUAUAGUAGAUAAAAUUCACAAUAAAGGAAAAAGUAAUGUCUUCAAAUACAUUUCUUUCAACUGUACAGGUUUAGAAGUAGGACCCAAUGAUACGUCUGAAACUAAUGAAGUUUUGAAGCUAAUUAGCAUCCUAUGCUAUUUUGAGAAUUUGAAAUUUCUGGAUAUAUCAAAUAAUCCCAAAAUGUUUCCUCAUUGUAUGAAAACGUUAAUCAACUGUUUGCCAGUAUUUGUAAAUUUGGUACGUUUACAUUUGGACUAUGAAAAUUUGUCAUCGACUCUCGUUGUUAUGUUGGCAGAAGUCCUUCCGCUAUGUUCAAGAUUAAACUAUUUGUCAAUAUUAGGUACCAAGUUUGAUCUUGCUUCGUGUAAGGCACUUGCGGAUGCUGUCCGCAAAAGCUCUUCCCUGAUAACGUUGGACAUCGAUUACACUUACAUGCCUGCAAACAUAAGGGAAAAGGUUUCCUUGUAUACAAUGAGAAAUGUUGAUAGUGAAUUGAAUAAAGUCAAAAGCGAGAGUGGGAAACCAUCUGAUGACAAAGAUCAACUAUCAACUUUACAAGAUGAACUUUCAGUGCUACUGACUGAUGAUUUCAAAGACAAAGAACUGUAUGAUAAGCUUGUAGAAAGAUACAUUGAAAGGGUCACAAUCGCUAGAUCCAAAAUCAGAAAGGUUGUCAAGGAUUUAUUCGAUACGCGAGUAAAAGGGCAAUUGAGCACUGAAGGAAAAGAAACAUUGAUCAGACUAUGCUUUAUAGAAGCAAGUUUUGAAAAAGGUUUAAGAUUAUUGAAGGACAGACAUAAAGCUAAAUUAAGCUCCGCAUAUACUGAUGCUUAUGAUAGUGUAAAAACUGAUGGCCCAUUUCCAACUAUCUUCGAAUCAAUUACAGAGGGCGGACGCAGUUUGGCUAAUAAAGCUCCUAAAACAGAUGAAGACUCCUCUGUCCCUGCUUCGACAGUACUUUCGUCUUCUACUUUUGAACAAAGUGGCCAUUCGAUGCUAUUGCCUUUCAGUAAAGCUGAUGUUGAAGAGUUCAAUCCGCAUGCAGACGACACAAUUGAACUACAUGAAGAUGACCGGGAAUCAUCGAAUAAGAUAUCGAUGCAGGGUAGGGAGGAAGGAAGCAUUUUUAGAAGUGGUACAGCCCUCACAAAGAAGGUACAUGACAACAGGUCCAAUAAUGGUAAUAUAGUUGACCUCAACUACCUAGAAAAUGCAGGCGAUUCAUUGAAAACAGAUCAAAUCAAAGAUCUGCUUUUGAAGACCGAUAUGUCUUCCGUAGUAAAUGUUAUCGAUGAACUGCAUAGUAAAGGUUAUCAUUUACACGACAUUUUCAAAAAGCAUGAUUCUGAAACUCAUAAAAAGCUUGUCGAUCUGUCCCCUCAGACAUCUCUGAAUGAUGGGGACGAUACAAGCUCAAGUAACACAGAAACAGACGAAAAAAUAAAAACGGGCAAAGAUUCCUCUAUAUCUUCAGUGGGCAAAUCGACGACCGCCACAGCAGAUAAUUCAGAAGCUGAUGAAGCCAUAGAUGCGGCUUACGACCAAGUUUUGGAUAGCAUUCAAAGGGAUAGGAAGCCCGAAUAA